AUGUCUCCCAUGGUUUGGCUCUGCCGUUCACUGAUAUUUGACUCUUUGGAUAGGUUUGCAAUGCUAAGCACGGAGUUUGAUUAUAUGUGUCAAUAUGAUUACUUGGAGAUUCGAGAUGGUGAUAACAUAGAUGCCAAGGUAAUAAAACGGUUCUGUGGAAACGAGAGACCCCUGCCCAUCCGUAGCUCUGGGAAUUCUUUGCAUCUCCUCUUCCAGUCAGACGGAUCAAAGAAUUUUGAUGGAUUCUAUGCUACCUUUGAAGAACUCACAGGUACUUUUUUUUUACCAAACAAACUAUGUUCUCAAAUAAAAAAUUAAAGCAUACAAGGGUAUUAUUUUUAUUAUUAUUAUCAGUGAUAUUUAUACCAAUAACACCAACUUAUUCCACAGUGCUUUACAAAAUUAUGAAAGGGGGAAAUUUUACAAUAAAUGAGACCAUUACAAAAUGAUACAAGGGACAAUAAGUAGAUGGGGACCAUGCUCAAAUGAGCUUACAGUCUAGAGGUACCUCAUAUCCUGUCUCUGUGCAUGUGGCUACAUGACAUUAAUGAAAUUCUGAAUGCUAAGAUGGAUGGCAAUAAAUUACCGUAAAAAAAUAUCACUGUAAGGAGAGCGUUUCCUUUUAUUACUACAUGAAUUAUUAGGCAACUUAUCAAGAACAGGUUUUGUGUUGAAACCAUACAAACAUUGGUUUGGCACAUUGAGCGAUUGUUAAUAAGGAUAAAUAGGCCGAAACAUUGUAUUGCACCAGUGUGAGGCUGAUGGUGGGGCCCAUAAGAGCCACACAACACAUUUAAGCACAUGGCUUGCAACCUGAAAAAGUAUCACCACAGCAAAGUCAGUACAUUGUAAGAGACCUCUCUCUUCUCUGUGCUGAAAUGCAUAUUGUGUAUUUCACGCAUAGACAGUUUUUACAUACUUUUGUGAAUAGAUCUUCACAAAUUAGAAGGAUUCAGGUGUACAUACUUUCUAUCAUGAAAAGAACCAUACAAAUCUAUCUAAAAAUUGUCUCUUCUGCUGGAAAAACCAUGUAUGUAUGUAAAAGAUGGUAUCACCCAACCAUACUUUAUUUUCCUGUAUUUCAGUGUGUUCCUCCUCUCCAUGUUAUCAUGAUGGGACAUGUAUUGUGACGAAUACAGGAUCCUAUAAAUGUGCGUGUCUGGCUGGAUACACCGGAAAACAUUGCGAAAAUGGUGAGUUUCAUGGACAAUAUCAAGAGAAGCCACCUGUGUCCAACACAGAGGUCAAUAGUGGCCUUUAG